ACCGUUUUCCGGUUCCGGUACGGCGUGGGCCUCCUCAAGUUUAUCGCUUUCUCUGAAAAUUUGUGCGUCAAAUUUCUCUCAAUUGAUGACUGGAAAAGAGUGAAACCAAUUUGAAACUUUGAGCAUGGCCAAACUCUAUAGACAGGAUGGAGGGUGGGCAUGGAUGGUCUUGUUCUCGACUUUCCUGGGCCAUGUUAUCCAUGUCGGCAUGUCUUUCACAUUUGGCGUUUACUUCGUUGUAUUGAGAGACGUUUUCGGCAGCUCGGCCAGUCUAACAUCAUGGGUUGGAUCGCUAAAUACCGGUCUUCUAUUUGGAACAGGUCCUUUAGCAAGUGUUUUCUUGAACAAGUUUGGCUGCAGAUUCACUAUCAUUUUGGGAGGUCUGAUAGCUACAACUGGAAUGGUAGCAAGCUAUUUUGCUACAAAUGUUUACCACUUGAUCAUCACUUUUGGAAUAACAGCAGGUCUAGGCUUUGGACUCGCCUACACGCCGUCCGUUGUCAUGGUCGGAACUUAUUUCAACAGAUGGCGCUACCUGGCGACGGCGAUCGCCUGCACCGGCGGCGGACUCGGCAACAUCCUUUUCGCCGUCGUCUUCAACAAGGUGAUCGUGGCGUACGGCUGGCAAGGGUCGAUGCUGAUCAACGGGGCGAUAGCGCUCAACCUCGUUCUCUGCGGGGUCAUGAUGCGGCCGCUGGACACGAAGCGGUCGCCGACGAAGAUGGCCGUGUUCGAUCUCACGCUGCUGCGAGACGUCAAGAUGUUCAUGUUCGCUCUGAGCAUGAUCUGCUGGAACGUCGGAACGAUCACGGUGUACUUCAUCGUCAGCGACUACCUCAAGGAGAUGGGCGUCGACCACGACAGCGCCAUCUACCUGCUCACGAUCAUCGGAAUCGCAAACACGGUCGGACGUCCGCUCGCGGGCGUCACUGCCCUUGUUCCGCACUGGCCGUAUGCGAACCUCUGGCUGUACACGCUGUCGAUCCUCGGGCACGGCGUCGCGAGUAUUCUCUUCAACGUCGGCCACUCGUACGGCGUCUUCGCUUUCUGCGGCAUCCUGUUCGGGUUCUUCUUCGGAACGCAGCUCGGUGCGAUAGCGAACGUUAUCAUCGACUUGUUCGGAAUGGCAAAGUUCAACAACAGCUAUGGUUAUCUGAUGUUCGCGCAGGGCGUUGGCAUCAUCAUCGGACCGCCCAUUGCAGGUGCCAUUGUCGUGAUAUCACAAUGGACUCAAUCCCCCUUCUGUUUUACCUGA